AUGUCCAUGUCCAAGAUGUCGAAGCUAGCCAAGCUCAACCAUGCCGCCGGCAUCUAUGCAGACAUGUCCGUCGACGGUCCCGCCAUUGGAACCCUCGUCGCCGUCGUCGAUCGGGCCAAGAAUCUCCCUAAUCGAAAGACCAUGGGGAAGCAGAAUCCCUACUGUGCUGCGCGUUUAGGCAAAGAAGCAAAGAAAACAGACACCGACCUGCGAGGUGGUCAGACCCCAAAAUGGGAUCAAGAGCUCCGCUUCACGGUGCACGAAUCCCCCGACUAUUUUCGACUGAAAUUAUCCGUUUUUAACGACGAUAAGCGAACGGAUCUGAUCGGAGAAACCUGGGUUGAUCUGAAGGACUUGAUUAUCCCGGGAGGCGGCCAAAGCGACCAAUGGCACCCACUGCAGUUCCGCGGGAAGUACGCGGGAGAAAUCCGCAUUGAGAUGACUUACUAUGACACGAGACCAGAAGACGAGGCCGUGAUCGAGCGCCGCACCCAGGCAGCCGAGAAAGUGCAUGCAAAACCCAGCGGGUCAGGGUCCACCCCCGUCAACUCGUCAUCUCUUUCUGGACCCCGUCAGCUCAAGGAUGUCAAGCGACGUCCACUCCCCAGCGACCCUCCUGGAGCUCCAGCGCGACCUACACUUCCCGAAAAGACGGCCUCAGCCCCAUUACCGCAACAGCCUCCCUCCCGUCCCGUCCACCAUGAGCCUGCGCCUUCUGCCCCCCCUGCGCCCUCCGACUAUGGGCACCACUCGCGGCAUCCCGUUGCGCCCGAAAUGCCUCCAUACGAUGCUCCUAGUUACGCUCCACCGCCCGCCUCCCGCCCCAUGAGGAACUAUGAAACACCCGAUGACUUCCACCGAGAAUGGAGUCAGCCUGCCGCUCCUCCGCCGUUGUCUGCGUCGAAACGAAUCCCGCAGGACCCAUACUAUCCUUCAUACCGCGAAAAACCGAUGGAUGCAUACGAUUCACGCUCCUACGCUCGACCUCGCUCCGGAUAUGGAAACAUGCCGCCAGCAGAUUAUCGAUCCUCCAGAUCAGACCUCCCCGUGACUCGUGCAGAUCACUACGCCCCGGAGCCCAUCGAAGCGCCCCCGGUUGAGGCGCCCCGGCCUAGUAGCCACCACAGCAACUAUCAUUUCCCCACCGUCGAGCCCUACCCACCCAGUAAUGAAAUGCUCCCUCACGGACACGGCUCAAGAUACCGACCCCGCUCGUCGGGUGGGAUGCAGGAACCUCCCUUGGAGUAUUCACAGCAUCCGGGACAGCAUCCAGGACCCGUCGAACGCGACCAAUACUAUCGCCCCCACAGCAACUCGCUCGUCCACGAUCCCGCUCCGAUGCGCCCACCACCUAGCCGGGAUGGGUACCACACCGAAUACGCAACAAUGCAACCACGGGUAGAGGAUGAAGAAGACGAAGGCCCUCCGCCACCCCCUCCGGUGCAUCGAUCGGGCGUCGGCCACUCCAGUCAGCACUCCAGUCAGCAGUUAGUACCGUCACCGACUUCUCCGUACCAAGCUUACUCCCCAGAGUACGGAUCUCCCCACACAUCCCGCGAGAUCACUAUGACGCGCCCGUCGCACCCGCCCACCGAUGGGCCGUGGAUGCACGAUAUGCCGACCAGCACGCCGUCUAUGCCGCCCAGCCUAGUCGCCGGGUUUGACCCCAUCGUCGCGGAUGCAGAGUCGGAUCGUGCGGUGGCGGAGAGCCAUUCGCGCCGGCAGAGCGCAGUAUUCGAGGGGCAAGUCAUGCCGCUUCGCGAACCAUCGCCCAAUCUUCCUCCUUACCCGGUCGACCCUGCUCCGGAAGAUCGUACUCCUGUGAGCAGAGGCUCGAUGAGUUCGGAGACGCGGAUUGUCCCUCGGAAGUCUGUCAGCCCGGGGCCUCCAGCCGCGAUUCACCGAAAGUCCGUUAGCCCUGGCCCGUCUGCGCUUGUGCCGCGCAAGUCCAUUAGUCCGCGGCCGUCAUCGUCGGGAGGACAUGAACCAUCCCAGGUGCCGUUCUCGCCAGACUCGUUCGAUGCUUUCAACCCCAACGCUGCACGUUCCGCAGUGUUUCGUGAGCCCGCUCCCGCAUACGAUAGCCCAGCGCAGGCCAUGGAAGCGGCACGACGCAGCGAGGCGGAAGCUGCCCGGGACCCCGGCCCGAUCUACGACGAUGAGGGCAAGGAAAUCGACCCGUCUGACCAUCUGCCUACGGAUACAUGGGCGCCUGAGCCGGAGCGGAAGAACAAGAAGCCUGGAGUGGUAGUGCGGUUUCGCAAUGCGCCAGCCCGGACCGCCACAAAGCCACCCGUGCCAGCAAAGGAAUGGGGACCGCCACGCGGCAGACCUGCGACAAUGGGGACCACGCGACGACCCCAGUCGUAUGGCAUGCCAGACAUGAUGCGCGGCCGGCCGCCGCCGAGUGAGAUGCACCGUGGCCGCGACCCGUACGGCAGCUACGCCCAUGGACGGACGUACAGCACGCCCAACGUCGCGGCGCCAUCGCCGCAGUCCUCCUUCCGGGGUUCUGCAUCACCGGGGCGCUCGCCUUCCAGACUGUAUGAACCUGAGAACCCGGGGCCGCCCAUCCCAGCCAAGGUGCCGAUUGCGCCGCCGCCGACGCAGUCGUUUCCGGUGUCAGGGAGUCGCGGCGGCAUGGACGCGCUGAGCCGGGAGUUGGGGACGAUCGAUAUUGGCAGCGUGGGCUGUAACAACGGACGGGCGGUGCGCAGAUAUGUUCCAAAGAUUACCACAGGGUAUGCUAGUUGA